ACCUUCCCAAUUGCACUAUUUCCGAAUCCAUCCAAGUUUUUCCAACUCACAUCAGGAAAAAAGAAAUAUUUAUAUCAAUUAAUUUUCAUAUCCUCUGGCUCAAACAAAGUCAUGUGAACCGCCGAAGCCAAACCUCUCCUUCCUAAAUUCCAAAUACUUUAAAGCUAGAGAGCUACUAUAAAAACCCACAUACCACAUACAUCUUUCUCUCACACUCUUCUUCUUCACAGCUCGUGAAUGCAUGUGUAAAAUCCAAAAUGGCUUUUAGGCUCCAAGCUCUGUCAUGCCUUGUAGCUCUUCAAGUUCUGGUCUUGUUUUCGGAUGAAGCAAGCUCUGCAGGACAUGGACAUGGCACCAGAAUUUCCAGACAAAGAAAGCAAGCGACUGGCUGCAAUCUGUUCCAAGGCAAUUGGGCUUUUGAUGCUUCUUACCCCCUCUAUGAUUCUUCCAGCUGUCCCUUCAUAGAUCCUGAGUUUGACUGCAUCAAGUACGGCAGACCUGACAAGCAGUUCCUCAAGUAUGCUUGGAAGCCUGACUCUUGUGACUUGCCCAGGUUUGAUGGGUUGGAUUUUCUGAGGAGAUGGAAGGGGAAGAAAAUAAUGUUUGUGGGUGACUCACUGAGUCUCAACAUGUGGGAAUCGUUGUCUUGUAUGAUCCAUGCGUCGGUGCCUAAUGCCAAGACCACCUUCAAAAAGGGCUAUUCUGUGAACUUUCAGGACUAUGGAGUGACUUUGUUUAUGUUCCGCACACCAUACCUGGUAGAUAUAGUCAGGGAAAACGUUGGCCGUGUGUUAAACCUGGGCUCCAUCAACGCUGGAAAUUCAUGGAAAGACAUGGACGUGUUGAUCUUCAAUUCCUGGCAUUGGUGGACCCAUACAGGCAAAUCUCAGCCAUGGGACUAUGUUCGGGAUGGGACAAACUUGUACAAAGAUAUGGAUCGUUUGACAGCAUUUUAUAAGGGGCUCUCCACAUGGGCUAAAUGGGUUGACUCAAAUGUUGAUCCUUCAAAAACCAGAGUCUUCUUCCAAGGGAUUUCUCCAACCCAUUAUCAGGGGCAGGAAUGGAAUUCUCCGAAGAAGAAUUGCUAUGGAGAACUUGGACCUCUAUCUGGAACAACAUACCCAGCAGGGCCACCUCCAGCUUAUGCUGUUGUAAAUAAGGUGUUAAGCACGAUUAAGAAUCCGGUUUACUUGCUCGACAUUACGACACUCUCACAAUUAAGAAAAGAUGCUCAUCCCUCAACUUAUAGCGGCGACCACUCCGGCAACGACUGCAGCCACUGGUGCCUACCUGGGUUGCCGGAUACUUGGAACCAACUCCUAUAUGCAGCUCUCAUCAUGUGAAGGUCAACCAUACUGAGCAACAGUAGCAACCAUUUUAGUUUCCUUUCUUUCUAUACAUUGCUUGCAUAGUCGGGGGGUUUAGAAUUUCAGAUUCACUUCGAUUAGUAAACGACAAUAAGGUGCCAAAAUCAGUUGUAAAUUGAUUGGUUUAAUUGACCAGAAAAAUGGUUUGGAUUCGUAGAUAGACAGAGAAGAGAUGGAGAAGUGAGAGUGUAUGUGCGAUUACAAAAAGCAAUAACACUCGUCUUAGAGUAACUUAAAGUCAUUGGCUAGUUUGAACUUUCCUGUUAAUUUGCUCUGUGAUCUAAUUAAAGAAAUGUACAUGUGGAGAUUUCCAGCAUUGUGGUCAA